AUGGGUCAUCUGAACUAUCUGCAUUCCCUGUUUUUGACAUCUCUUUUGUUCACUCUGCGUAUUCAUGCAGCGUCAGUAAAUACAUAUAUUGUCCACAUGGACAAGUCCUUCAUGCCCAAAGUCUUUGCAAGUCAUCAUAGCUGGUACUCCUCCAUUGUUGAUUCUCUAAAAUCAACAAACAUUCCUCAAUCCUCACCCUCUCUCAUCUACUCUUAUGAUAGUGGAGCUCAUGGUUUUAGUGCUGUUCUAUCGGGUGAUGAACUAGAAACACUGAAAAAGUCUCCAGGAUUUGUCUCGGCUUAUCUUGACAGGACAGUCACUGUCGACACAACUCAUACCCCUGAAUUCUUGUCCCUCAACUCUUACUCCGGGCUAUGGCCUGCUUCAAACUACGGUGAAGGUACCAUCAUUGGCGUUAUUGACACUGGCGUUUGGCCGGAGAGUGAGAGCUACAAAGAUGAUGGCAUGAGUCCAGUUCCAUCCAGGUGGAAAGGCAAAUGCGAGGAAGGGCAGGAAUUCAAUUCCUCCGUGUGUAACUCCAAGUUAAUUGGAGCUAAGUACUUCAACAAGGGUGUGAUUGCAGCAAAUCCUGGAAUUAACAUAAGCAUGAAUUCUGCUAGAGACACUGCUGGUCAUGGAACGCAUACUUCCUCCACUGCAGGCGGGAACUAUGUCGGUGGAGUAUCAUUUUUUGGUUACGCUAAAGGCACGGCAAGAGGUAUUGCCCCGCGCUCCAAGGUGGCUAUGUACAAGGUCCUGUGGGACGAGGGACGCUACUCAUCUGAUGUUCUAGCUGGUAUGGACGAGGCUAUUGAUGAUGGCGUUGAUGUGAUAUCAAUAUCUAUGGGGUUCGACGGAGUGCCAUUGUAUGAGGAUCCUAUUGCUAUUGCCUCAUUUGCUGCCAUGGAGAAGGGUGUGAUAGUCUCAUCAUCGGCAGGAAAUUGGGGUCCAGCUUUAGGGAGCUUGCACAAUGGAAUUCCAUGGGUCAUGACAGUUGCAGCUGGCACAAUAGAUCGUUCUUUUACAGGAAUUGUGUCUCUAGGAGAUGGGGAAACCAUCACAGGACGGACCUUGUUUCCAGCUAGUGCUUUAGUUCGAGACUUUGCUUUGAUUUACAAUAAAACUUUCUCAGCAUGCGAUUCAAGCGUAUUGUUAUCCAACAUCCCCCGUGGGAUCAUCAUAUGUGACAAUAUCGGUUCUUUAUAUACCCAAGUAAGGGAAACCGCCGUGUCAAGGGUGCAAGCAGCAAUAUUUAUUUCAGAUGAACCUGAAUUAUUCGAUAUGCCUUGCCCUGGUGUUGUAAUAAGCACUGAGGAUUCACAUGCUCUUAUCAAAUAUGUCGCAAGUAAUAAGGAUGCUACAGCUAGCAUCAAGUUUCAAGAGACCAUUUUAGGGACGAAGCCUGCACCAGCCGUGGCCUCUUACACUUCGAGAGGUCCAUCACCAAGCUAUCCUGGCAUCUUAAAACCAGAUAUAAUGGCACCCGGUUCUGUUGUUUUGGCGGCUUAUAUUCCAAACAAUUAUGCAGCAACAAUAGGGGAUUACAUAUUCUUAUCUAGUAACUUCACUAUGCUCUCCGGAACUUCCAUGGCUUGUCCGCAUGCUUCUGGUGUAGCCGCACUCUUAAAAGGUGCACACCCUGAGUGGAGUGCAGCUGCUAUAAGGUCAGCCUUGGUGACUACUGCAAAUCCAUUAGACAACACUAUGAAACCAAUCAGGGACAAUGGUGAUGUUAAUCUGACUUUUGCUUCACCUUUAGCAAUGGGAGCAGGCCAAAUCGAUCCAAAUCAAGCACUGGAUCCGGGUUUGAUCUACGAUGCAACCCCACAGGACUACGUCAACCUUAUGUGCACCAUGAAUUUCACGCAGAAACAAAUCAUGACCAUCACAAGAUCCAAGAGCUACGAUUGUUCAAAUCCAUCUUCUGAUCUUAAUUACCCAUCAUUUAUUGCUUUAUACGAUCCUAAUGUGCCGAAAACUAGUGUCAAAAUAUUCAACAGGACAGUGACAAAUGUGGGAGAAGGUUCUGCAACUUACAAGGUUGAGAUAGUGCAGCCUGAGGAUUCAAUCAUUGCUGUUUCGCCAGAGACAUUGGUGUUUGGAAAAACAUAUGAGAAGCAAUGCUUCAGAGUAAGUAUAAAAUACAGAAGUAACAAGACGGGGAAAGUUUCAUUUGGUGAACUUGUUUGGAUUGAAGCAAAUGGAAAACACAAAGUGAGGAGUCCUGUUGUGGUGUCACCUGUUGUAAGCUCCGGGGAGCUAGGUUUCUUAGGGGCUUGA